AUGGCACGCCAUCAAUGCCAAGCAUCCCAAGACGAUGUUCUCGAGGUUAUGCUCAGGGAAGGUAUGGUAGCUCAGAACAUCGUCAUGGAGGAAGAAGGAGAAGACGAACCCCUAACCGUCGAAGGAGAAGACUAUUCAUCCGAAAUCACAGAGCCGAUGGCGAGCCAUCAACGCCAAGCAUCCCAAGAUGAUGAUCUCGAGACCAUGCUCAGAGCCGAGAUGGCAAGCCAGAACAUCGUUGUGGAAGAAGAAGAAGAAGACCUUUUGAUUGUUGAAAGCGAGGACUACUCGUCCGAAGUCACAGAGCCGAUGCACAGGACUUCCCCCUCCCCCUCCCCCAUCUCUUCCCCCUCCGACGGCCCAAUAAGUCUCAACAAGUUCGCUCAGCUAAUGGCAUCCUCAAAAGCUCAAGCCAGACCAAGCGACAACAGCAUCACCGCUACGCCCCGUGUGUCCCUGGCUCGUGCAGGUCCUAGCAAGACCAGAAAAGCAGUAAGUCACCGCCCCAAGUCCCGUGCUAACAAAGUUUACGACCAGGACGAAAUGGAGCCAUUGCGCAAGCCGAAGGGUUUUGUGGACCAGACCAAAGCCAGAAUGCUGCCACUGAACACAACUCUUUCGGUGCGAGCUGGUGUGGGGAGCUCGGCCAUCUUCAACAGUCACCCCCGCAGAACGAAGGCGCGGGUUCGCAAGGAGAGGCUGGACACGUAUAGCCGGCCUAAAGAGCUGUUGUGGAUGACGGAUGAGGAGUAUAAGGAGCAUGUACGGAAAGAGAGGAAGGCGCCGAGCAAGGCGGCGAAGGAGGCGAUGAGGAAGUAG